CUUCAAGUUAGCCCCGCCUCUUCCGCUACGUAGCAAACAUUGCACACCAUUUUGGACGUACAGUAUUAGUUUCACUCUAUUUUCAUUUCAUUUCAAUUGUGGAUACAAAAGCGGCCACUAGGGGGCGCACCAGCGAGCCGCCACCUCUAACGGGCUGUGAUGGUGUGUCUUUUCCAUUCACGUUAAGGGAAGACUAGAAGCUCAAAGUUCCAAAAGGCCGUGGAGCAAUUUCACACGCACGCAUUUACUCGCUGCUGCUUGCAACAACAACAACAACAUGUUCUGCAGGAGGGUUUGGCAGAGACUCGGUCCGCUGGCCCAGAGGGUCUUCAGACCAACAUUUAGAAAAGCUCCAGUGCGGCAUAUGGCCAUAGGGGUUCCUGGUGGCUCCACCAACAUGACAUAUUUUCUUCUGUGUGGAGGAGGCCUCACAGCUGCCGUCGUCUAUGCCUACAAGACUGUCAAUGGUGAUAUUGAGCGCUAUGAGGACAGACUCGCCAACAUGGCCUCCACAGCAGAGGCCUCAUCAACCGAUGAAGCCGAGGCUACACCUGAAGUGACCCCAGUAGAAGAGCCUUCCGCACUGGAUGCCCAAGUGGUUGCGGAGUCUGUCGCCGCGCCUGCAGAGAGCGCCGUCGAGCCUUUUGCUGAGAGCACGGCGCCUGAAGCAGACGCUGAUGCGGCGUCAGAGGUCAUCUCCACCGAGGAUGACACUGCAGCAGAAGAGGCAGCCCCGCCUGUAGCUUUGGAGGAAGUAGUUGAAGAUGCUCUUGUCCCAGCCGGGGCCGAGACCCCAACAGAGGCCCCUUCAGCUGAGAAUGCGGAGGCUGUGCCAGAUCUUCUUACAGCUGUAAAAAUUCUCACUGGCUCUUCGGUAGAAAUUGCAGCAGCUUCUGUCGGGGAGUCCAGUUUGGUGAGAGCUGUCCGGCAGAUAGACGAAGAUGGACAAGGCCUGGAUUCCGUGUUGGAAGUGGUAGAACCUGAAACCCUUGCGGUAGCUAAAGAACACCCUGAGGAGCUAGCUGUUGCCAUGAAUGAAGAAGAGCUGGUCCCUGCAGAAGUGCUGACUGAGGAGAAGGUGGAUACAGAAGAAAGAGUGGCUGAAGAAGCCACAGAGGAAGCUUUCUCCCCAGCUGCUGAAGAAGAAGAGGAAGUACCUCCUGAGGAAGCAGUGGAUAACAUGGGAGAGGUUCAUGCUGGGGAUCAGACCCCAGGUCCUGAAUCUGAGACCCUCCCCCAUGAAGAGGAAACUAUCACUCCUGCAGACGCAGUGGCUGAAUCUGAAAGGCCUGUGGAAGAAGCUCAAGAAACAUGUACAUCUCCAGAAGUUGACUGUGGGUCGGAAAUGGAGGUGCUCUCGGUUUCUGAACCAGAAUCCAUUCCCGAGUCCACCUGCCACCACCAUCCCCUGGAAGGGAUGACGCCCACUGCUGGUCAGCAGUCACAAAUCAGUGAGGAUGGUGAAGAUGAGAGGAAUGAAAGCAAGGAGGAAGGUGAAGAUGAGAGGAUUGAAAGCAAGGAGGACGGUGAAGAUCAGAGGAUUGAAAGCAAGGAGGAAGUUGAAGAAAAAAACAAUGAAAGCAAGGAGGAAGGUGAAGAUGAGAGGAAUGAAAGAACGGAGGAGGUUGAAGAAAAAAACAAUGAAAGCAAGAAGGAUGGUGAAGAUCAGAGGAUUGAAAGCAAGGAGGACAGUGAAGAUCAGAGGAAUGGAAGCAAGGAGGAUGGUGAAGAUGAGAGGAUUGAAAGCAAGGAGGACGGUGAAGAUCAGAGGAUUGAAAGCAAGGAGGACAGUGAAGAUCAGAGGAAUGGAAGCAAGGAGGAAGUUGAAGAAAAAACCAAUGAAAGCAAGGAGGAAGGUGAAGAUCAGAUGAGUGAAAGCGGGGAGGAAAUAAUCUGUGGAAUCACAAAGUAAGCAGAUACUAUUGGACAGUCAGUGUUGAAGUACUUCAUCCUAGUUUGUAUUUUUUACUAUAUUGACAAAAAGUGUAUAUGAAAUCAAACUGGUUAUGAAAUAACCAACCUUUAUGUGUUCUUACCACGUUUUGCAGUACAGACAUUGGCUGUAUCUCAAACGGAACACUUCCCAUCAGUAAACUGUGUACACUGUGUACACUGUGUACUACUUCAGACAGUGUAAUGCUGGCCCAAAUCCAUCCCUAUUAGUGCAGUAUUGACCUCUCUUCAUUCCACCACUACAGUUGCUCCUCAACCGUCAUUAUUUCUACUUAAUCCAUCUGCUUCCAAUACUUACCCUUAGCAGUAUCUCAGUUGGUGCACUACUGCACUUAAAGAUGACCUAUUAUGCUACAUUGACUUGUGGACUCCUAAAGAGUAGUUACAAACAAUAACCCGUACAGAAAGCUUUCUAGAUGUUCUACGUAGAUUCUGGACCUCUUUCCGCAGUGUUUCCAUGGACUUCCUGCCUCCGACUUCAUUUACUCCACGCCCAGCCCUUCUCCAGGUACACCCACUCCGCUAUGAUUGGUCACACUCCCAAGCGCUCCCAAGGACUUCUGGACACAUACGUCCGCGUUUAGUGAGUGCAGGCAAUCUGCAGCCUAUGUAAGAAAGUCCGGAUCACAUUGACGUCAGUAGAAGUCAAUGUAAACUGAGUGUGCAGAACCAUCCAAAACUUCUUUCAGGUCUCACCUCCAAAUGCGCAAACCUCAUUAUCCAACACUUUGGCAUGGUUUAACACAGGAAUACAACGUUGUAACAACAUUUAUAGGUCAGAAAAGUGGAAAAAGCAUCAUAGGUCGCCUUUAAUAGUCUUUUCAGUGCAUAAGUGUGUUUACACACAAUAUGGCAGAAUACAGUUAACUGUCAGUACCCGCAUUUUGCACAAAAUGGUGAGUACGCAGUGAUGGACACUUGGCACCUUCAACAGUUGCUUGAAAUAAUGGGAGGAAGAACUCAUCGCGGUGGAAAGAUGGAUGAAGAUGCAGGUAAAUACUGCGAUCUUGGUUUUCCGAUAAUGGCUUACUACACUGUCAAAAUGUACACACUCAUGAACUGAGUACACGACAUACACAGUAUACUGAAGUUCACGAUGGAAGGAUCCCUUGUGAGACGCAGCCAAUGCUUUGGAGAAGCCAUAUCCGCGGAUAGUCAUGUGACUGUCACUAUUACUUAACGACAUAUUUGUUUUUGUCUUGGUUUAAAUGUGAGAGUGAUGUACUUUAAUGUAAAAUUGUUGCGUGUAGCCUAGGUGUAAAUUUAAAUGUAAAUAUCAGAAAUCCACUUGAGUUGUGGAUGAAUUAAUUCAUUGUAAUUAUAAACAGUUGUUUUUAAAACCAUGUGGUUUUCUGUGAACUGGUAGUUGUUUUACUAAAUAAAGUUGCACUGAACUAGAACACGUGAUGGACACGCAUACACUGCGCUAGUUAUGGACUCAUUUGGAAUUUGAUACCCCUAUGGAUGUAUGAAAAUGUACUCAAAUAAAGAAUAAAUAAUAUUGCUGUAUGAUUGACUCGUGACCAGUCCAGGCUGUACCCCGCCUCUUGCCUGAAGUCAAGUGGGAUAGGCUCCAGCAUACCCUUGUGAGAAUAAAGCCGCAUAGAAAAUGGAAAAUGGUUGGAUGGUAUUGCUCAAGAAUUGGCAGAGUGAGAGAUGAACAAUGUGUUUUAUAUUUGUUCGACUGUAGUUCUACAUACACUGUGUCCCUAAAGCCUGGAUAUAUAAUAUACAUAGC